CUUAAUGCGUUAUUGUCAGAACCUUCUUUGAUACUUCAAUAUCUUAGAGCUGCACCUUCAUCGAUAAACACAAAAAAUAAUCAUCAAUCGAAUUCUAAUACGUUUCUUAAGCGAUCACCACAAGAAUUACCAGAAUGUUUAAAGAUUAGUCAAGAUAUUCAAUCAAUAACUACUGAAGCAUUAGUAGAUGCUAUCAAUCUUUUACAAACAUAUCCUUCUUUUUCAACUUACGAA